AUGGCAAAACUGCAAGGCGUCCUCUCCGCUUAUGCUGCCACACUCUCACCAACCAUUCUGAUUGGGAGCUUGGUGGGCUUGUGGAUCGUGUACAGUGUGUUUGUCGUCCUCCGAGAUCCCCUGAGGUCGAUCCCAGGCCCCUGGCUGGCCAGGUUCACCAGGCUGUGGUACUUGAGAGAAGUGGCUCGGGGUCAUUUCGAGAAGACGAAUAUUGCCCUUCACAAGAAAUAUGGACCCAUUGUGCGCAUUGCACCCAACUACUAUUCCAUUGACGACGCAGAUGCCAUCAAGACCAUCUAUGGCCACGGCACAAAUUUUGUCAAGGGGAAAUGGUACAUAGCGUCCAAUAACCCCAAAAACAAGCACCCGGAUCUGUUCACCGACCUCAACCCUGAAUCCCAUGCCCUGAACAGACGCAAUGUCGCCUCGCUCUAUUCGAUGACCAGUCUGGUCGCCAUGGAGCCGAAUGCUGUGGCGUGUGCCGACAUCCUGGUGAGGAAACUCACCGAGUUUGCAGAGUCGCAUACCCCUAUCAACCUGCAAGUAUGGCUACAAUAUUACGCUUUUGACACCAUCGCGCUCAUCACUCUCAGCAAAAGAUUUGGCUUCCUUGACAGCGGCAAAGACAACGGUAACAUGAUCGCUGCCCUGCACUCGUACCUCCUUUACCUCUCCAAAGUGGGCGUGUACCACGAAUAUCACUAUUUCCUCAACUGGAUUUUGUCGUUGUUGCCCAAUGGCGGAAUGCACUACAUGGGUUCGUUCAUGCAACAACAAGUCCUAGAAGGCCAAAAGCAAAAGUCCAAGAGCAUUCUGGAGAAAGACGAGUCGAAGCCGACAGACGACUUUUUGACCAAGCUGUUGAGAAUGCAUGCCUUGCAGCCGGACAAGUUCCCCAUGGAAUCAGUGUUUUCGACGUGCGGGACAAAUAUUGGUGCCGGGUCGGAUACCACGUCGGUCAGCCUGGCGGGCAUCUUGUACCAUCUGAUAAAGUCACCUGCCACGUUGGAAAAGCUGCGACACGAACUCGACCAGGCCAUCGAAGAGCGCGGCUCAAGCGACAUCAUUUCCUUCCAAGAAGCCCAGAAGCUGCCCUAUCUCCAAGCUGUCAUCAAGGAAGGACUCCGCUGUCAUCCAGCGACCGGUCUGCCCAUGGUCCGCGUUGUUCCAAAAGGCGGUGCCAGAAUGGCUGGGACGUAUUUCCCGGAGAAGACUGAGGUCGGCGUAAAUAGCUGGGUCACACAUGCCAACACGAGCAUCUUUGGCCCAGACGCCGAAGAAUUCAGACCUGAACGUUGGCUCGAGUCUCCAGAGAGAGCCUCGGAGAUGAAUCGGUAUAUUCUCACGUUUGGAGCGGGAUCUCGCACCUGCAUUGGCAAAAACAUCAGUCUUCUCGAAAUCUCCAUCUUGAUCCCCGAGUUGGUGAGGAAGUUCGACUUCACCCUAGUGGAUCCAAAUAGGCCGCUGGAGAUGGAAAAUGUCUGGUUCGUCAAGCAAAAGAACCUGGACUGUUAUGUGAGUUUGAGGAAGAACUCUUGA